UUAGCUCUUCACGUUCCGUUCGUCGAAUUCAAAGCAAGGAAUUUAUUCCAUGUGUUGUAUACCUAUUUUACCCAUUUAUCAAAAACAUUGAAUAUCUUUAUUUGAAUUUAAACUUUUAAUCUAAUAUGUCGAUUCAAAACGAAGUAAAUAUGCAUGCUGUAGAAUUUAAGAAUUUGUCACGAAGCGAUGGGUCUGCUAUUGUUUCCACAGGAGAAACUGCUGUUCAGGCUUCUGUAUAUGGGCCUUUUGAAAUCAAAGUUAGUAAGGAAUUGUGUGAUAAAGCAGUUGUGGAAGUCUCAUUUAUUAGUAAAGUUCAUUCUAUAGACAUCAAUGAGAGAUUUAUUGAAUAUUUCAUCCGAAAUGCUGUGGAAUCAGUUAUCAUUACAUCAAUGCAUCCUCGUACAUCAAUAAGCAUCACUAUCCAGGAAAUAACAAAUUCAGGAAAUUUAUUAGCCUGUUGUGUGAAUGCAGCUUGUUUGGCUCUAUUAGAUGCUGGUAUUCCUAUGCGUGGUUUAGUAGCUGCAACUUCCAUAGCCUUUGUAGAUGAUAAAUUGGUUCAAUUUCCCUCAGCAAAAGAAAUAAAGAAUGCUCAGCGAAUCAGCACUGUGUGUCUGGAAAGUUCUGGACAGAAUAUUGUUGGAAUAAAGAACUCUUCUUUCAUUUCCUCUGAUGAGUUGAAGAAGACAAUUGAAGUAGCACGAAAAAGUUGCGAAGAUUUAUUUCAAUUUUACAGGAAUGCUUGUUCCAAAAAGUAUAAAAAAGUUGAAACAGAAACUUAAAACCAAUAAUAAUUUUUAUGUAUAUAAUAUAUAAAAAAAGUUUUAUCAUAUGUGAAAUAAAUAGUGUUUUUUUUUU